GGAAAAAAGAAUAAACUUUUUCCCACAAAGAAACUUUCCACAUUGAACGAGAGAAUUAUAGAUCUGCGAAUCCGAUCAUUGGAUUAGGGUUUUCACUUUUCACCCUCCUUUUUCCAUCUCUCUGCUGUAUACCCUUCCUUUCUCCAAAAAGACCAAAACUUUGCGAUUCAAUUCGAAAUCUGUGUUCUUCCAUUGAGCUGGAUUUUCAUUUUUGGAAUCAUUUCUUCUCUUCUUUGAUCCGAUAGAUGGUGGCAUGGUAGGAAAUUUUAGACCUUUAUAUUUCUAUUUAACCGUCAAGGAACCAAUGAAUUUGUAUAGCUUGUUGAGUUGACUUUUUGAUUGUGUAUGAUCGAAUUUGGGAUCCUCAUUUCGGGUUUUGGGUUAUUGAUCUGAGCUCCUGUUACUUCUGAAACCGAUGUGAAUUUGGUGGGGGAUAGAUUUUUUUGUGGAGUCAAUGGAUUUGGAGAGUGAAAGCUCUGCACUUGAGUCUGUUGAUGAUAAUGUUUUGAUUCAACAAAGUGCCAGCAACGUUUGUGAUGAUGGUAGGAGUUUGGAUAACGGGUCUUGCUCUGAUGAGAGUGUGAAACUGCUUUCGACUUCUAAUUCUGUUGAACUCGGUAAACCUAUGAGUUUUGAUUCACCAGGUGAUGGUGGUGGUGCUUAUUCUCCGGUUUUGAAAGGACAAGGCUUGAGAAAAUGGAGGAGGAUUAGGAGAGAUCUUGUUAAGGACACGUCUGCGAAUAUGGAGAAUAGUAAAGCUCUGAAGAGAGGGUUGUCAGGUGUUGCUCAUUCACAUGGUAAACAGAUGCAGUUUCAGUCACCGGAAGUUGAACAAGAGAGUCAGGGAUCUGUUGGGUCUGUUAAUAUGUUGAAAAGUAGCGGUGAUGGUUUUGAUAUACUUGGGAGUAGUGGUUACGAUUCUAGGUUUGUGGCAGGGGUUGGUUUUUCAGCUGGUAUGGAUUUAGAGAUAGAUGAUGAUCGGAGUAGUAAGUCUUCCACGGUUGCAAGAGCUCCCAAGGUUAUUAGGUAUGAGAAGCCAAUGAUUAGUUCAGGUCAGGGAGGAAACAUUCGUGUAGAGAAUAGUAAGAAACAUAGAGGAGAAAGUGUCGAUUUCGAGAAGGAAAACUCUUAUUCCAGCUUGGAAUCUGACUCAAGAAAGCAGAGUGGAAGAAUGAUGGACUACAAUGGUGAAAAUGGGGAAACGUCAAUGAGAAAAGAUGAUGCGGGAGGAGAAGGCGGAGAGUCGAUAAACACGGACAAUCGUUACUCAGAUGAAAUGGAUCCAUUAACAGAGGCCAUCAACGGUUUCUUGGCCUUGCAAGAUGCUCUUGAAAAAGAGGUUCAGCAAUUCCAGGAGAUCGGGAAUGAACCAAUGCCACAGCAUCAUGAACAAGUCAGCGAAGCAAAUUCACCUCACCCCGAGAUUGUAACCCUGGUAAACAAUGUUGAACAACUGGAGAACAUGCUAGAAGAAACAAGGUCCAUGCUUGAGGUGAAAGAAUCACACAUCCGUGACCUUGAAUCCACCACGAACCAAAGCAAACACUCGUGGGGAGGAACAGAGAUUGUGGUUGAAGACAUCUUCCGGCAGAAGAUUGAGGCCGAGAUUGAAUAUCUGAUAUAUUCAAGAUCUAUCGAUAACUUAAACAGUCAGAUGAAGUUAAUUGAUGAACAAGAGUCAUUGGCAGAAGAGCAAACCCAUGAGACGCUGAAUAAGCUAGGAAGAGUACAAACGAAGGCUGCAAAUUUUACAAACAGAGCUCAAGACCUGCAAAACGAUUGCAUAGAAAUCACCGGGACCAUCAAGAAGAGAGCAUGUAAGAUCACUUCAUACGUUCUUAUACAGUUAGUAUUGCUGUCAACAGUAGUUUUGUUGCUCCUGUCUCAAUUGUUGCCGGAGCCAGAUACUGUUGUACCCACAUGACUUUUGAUUUUUGAUGUAAACUGAGUUUUGUUUUGGCUUUUGGCUUUUCUUGUUAACAAUUCGGCUAUAAGUUUUGCCUCUGGUAAUAAAAUUAAUCAAGUAAGUCUCGCUUCUUCUUUUGUUUAUUUUGGAGGUCAAGUAUUCUUU